CGCAUCCUGCAUCGCGCAUGGAGACGUGGACAACAUGGGAAACUCGAAUAGCGCCAACAAGAUCUCCGCCCAGGACAAGGCGAUCCUGGACAUGAAGAACCAGCGCGAUAAGCUGCGCCAGUACCAGAAGCGCAUCACCGUUCUCACCAGUCGCGAAAAGGAGAUUGCAAAAGAAUGCUUAGCCAAAGGCGACACAAAGAGUGCGAAGCUGGCGCUGAGGAGGAAGAAGUACCAAGAGAGCCUCUUAUCCAAGACGGAUUCGCAGCUGGCGCAACUGGAGGUCCUGACAAGCGACAUCGAGUUUGCGCUGGUGCAGAAGGAUGUUCUGUAUGGCCUGCAGCAAGGAACGGCAGUUCUGAAAGAAAUACAUAAAGAAAUGGGUGGCAUCGAAAAUGUGGAGAAGCUCCUGGGUGAGAACGAGGAGGCCCGAGCUUAUCAAGAGGAAAUCAGUGAGAUGCUUGCGAACAAAAUGUCCAACCAAGACGAGGAUGAAGUCGAGGACGAGCUCGAAGCUCUCGAGGCAGAAGUCAACGGCACUGUUCCCGUCCUCCCGGACGCGCCUCUCGCACAACCGCAGUUCACAGCAGAGGAAAAGGCAAAGAUGGCAAAGGAUCGGGCAGCGCGGCGAGCGAGGGAAAGGGCUGCCGAACAGGCUUCGCAGCCCAUGUUAGCUUGAAGGGCGUUAUACGGGCACCGGCAUGGCAUUAGAGCGCGGCGUUUGGGUGGUUUUUUGAGCAUUGCAUUCAACAUUUGGUGAAACGACACGUCUACUAACGUGACAGCAUGCGCAAGUGUCGCUUUGAGGCGAUCUCUCCGAUGGAUGCGUAUGUUGAGCACGUGCAUAGAGCAUUCAUGAGUAGUCGGCAAACGAUAUACGAGUUUGCCUCCAAUACAUUAGACACCGA